AUGCCGAGAGACGGCUGCAAAGAAUGCUCGCGACGCCGUAUCAAAUGCGACAAAGGCGUACCCGAAUGUGUAAAAUGCACGAAAAAAGGCAUCAAAUGUACAGGCGUCGGGCGUCAGAUCAGGUUCAUUGAGGGUGUGAUCUCGAAAGGAAAGCGCAAAGGGCAGACAUUUCCUGAUGUCGGAGGCUUCACGACCAAGCUGGGUCUUGAAUUGGAAAAUGUAUUCAUGUCAACGCCACGUUUGGAACAACAUACAGAAACGGACAAGGAAGUUGAGCGAGUCUCAGUCGAAACAGAACAUGGUCCUCCGAACACCGACAUCGACGAUGACGGUGCCGAGGAGAUACAGCUUGUCCGCUACCAAGGACAGCACGACUUACCUGCCUGGACUUUGCCCGACGAUGGCACUUUCAUGCCAUUCUACUAUGACCCUGGCGCCGAUUUGACCUUGGAACUGCUGAAGCCUGGGAUACAGAUGCUUUUCAACCACUUCUCGCAAAGCAUUGCUUCAAUCAUGGUCGUCUUUGACAGCGGAUCCAACGGAUAUCGCAACUUCCUGCUCCCUCUAGCCUACGAAGACGACCUCGUACAACGUGCAGUCUCUGUUGUCGCUGCCUUUCACAUGGCUCCACAGAGACCUGAUCUUCUCCCAGUGGCAGAGAAAGGACUUUCAUCCAUCAUACAGAGACUGCGGGCAGAUGCGUUUGCUGGAGAGAGCAACAAAGUAUUCAGCAUGUCCACUUGGGCUACAGUCAUUCUGCUCCUUGUAGGAGAGACUGUCACAGGAUCUCAAGAUUUUGUCCAUCUGUAUCCAAUGCUUACUAACCUACUGAGUCACAAUGAGGUACUGGCACCAGAGUUGACUCUUGUGCAACGAAGAUUCUUGCUUCAGCAAUCCAGAAUAUUCCAAUUGUUCACACCUCCUCUGCUUGACUCGUCACAAGGCUGUGAAACUUUCCAAAAGGAUUUGAGCUUCUAUUUCGACUUCAUGUUCUCCAAGGAAUGCUUCGGUGAUCCGUGUGUUGCCGAGGAGGCGGUUGUCUACCAGGAUGCUAUCAAGCAAGCGCGACAUAUCUAUAUGCGGCAGGCUCUCGGAAACUACCACUCCGGACAAUUACACGAGGACGUCGAAAAACUACGCCUGAUGGUCAUCCCCAUUCGAUCAGACAGUCCGGGCAUGCAUACCUUGCCUUGGGUAUACUUCAUCGCAGCAGCAUCCAGCGAAGACCAGUAUCAUAGAACGUUUUUCACGAGCAGACUUGCACAGGUCUACCAGAAGACACGAAUGAACAGCAUCCUGGUCGCUUUGAAACGUCUGGAGCAGAUCUGGUUAUUACAGCCCAGUGGCGAGUGGGCAAGAAAUCCCAGUCUGGUGAACCCGGUCCUGAUCAUUUAA